AUGUUCCGGUCGGUAUUCAAAACAGGUAUACGGUCUGAUUACAAUGUUCUGGAAAAUGCAACCUUCCAUUCGGAGCCGUGGCUGGUGUAUCCAGCUAAACAUAGAACCAAUGGUAAAUUAGCUUCAGUGUUUAUCUUUGAUAAGACAAAAUUUGAAUCUGGAGUCCAAAGAAUGAUUGGUGGCAGUUCAUAUAGCAAUGGCAGCAAAAGUCCCAGGCUUAUCAUUAAUGAAUGCUACGAUCUUGUUCGGAAAGAAAUUGGUCAAUUGGCUAAGUUGAAACAUCCUCAAUUGUUAACAGUACUAGAAGUAUUGGAGGAAACUAAAACAAAGUUUCUCUUUGCCACCGAACCUGUAACUAAUAAUUUGGUAUCUUUAUCAGAUAAACAUAUGGAUGUAUUGACGAUUCAGAAGGGUUUACUCCAAUUAUCUAAAGGUAUACAGUUCUUGCAUAACUUCUGUAACAUAGUGCAUAUGAACUUACAACCUUCAUCAAUAUUUAUUAACAAUCUCGGUGAUUGGAAGUUAGGGGGGUUUACCUUUAUUCAAAACUUGAAUGAAAUUUCUUUUCUGGAUAGAGAGAACUUCUAUAUCAUGAAUAAUAGCUCUUUGGUACCGUUUGCUAACUUGAAUGUUAAUUAUACUGCACCAGAACUUAUAUUGGAUUCAAACUCAAAACUUGAUAUGGCCAAUGAUAUUUGGUCUUUGGGAUGUUUGGUUUAUUAUAUUUAUAAUGGAGGAGAAUCAUUGAUCAACUGUUUUGAGACUAAUUCAAUAUCUGAUUUCAAACAUGAAUUCCAUAGGUUUGAAAAGAAGUUUUACAACCAUAGAGCUUCAGAGUUAAAAUAUGUUUUGAAGAAUGUGCCAGAGACUUUAUUCCCCAUAAUGGUUAACCUAUUGGCCAGAUAUCCACAUGACAGAAUAACUAUUGAUCAAUUCAUUGAUUCGGAUUAUUUCAAUGGAAGUUUAAUCAAGGCUAUGCUUUUCAUUGAUGAAUUUGCUACAAAAUCUUCAGAGGAACGUCUUGUGUUCUUGAAGGGAUUAUUACAAGAAGAUGAAUCUUUGCUUGGUCAAUUCCCUGCCAGUUUUAAACAAGGCAAAUUAUUACCAUUACUUAUUGAUCUUAUUGUUAAUGAACUUCACAUUCUACCUGCAAAAUUGGGUACCUUUGCAGACAAAGAUUUAGAAUUACAAGUCAAUCUUUCGCUUUCAAUAAUCUUUAAAAUCGGUUCUGAGCUUUCCAGUUUAGGAUUUCAAGAUAGAAUCUACGAAGUUCUUUUAGUGGACGAUAAAAAGAAGAAAACUAACUUAUUUACUAAAUUGUUGAAUUCAUCAGUUAAAAUAAGAUUAACAAUUGUGGAUAAUUUAUCAACUUUGGAUACCAAAUUAAAUGAUAAACAAUUAAUGGAACUAAUUUCCCAAUCGUUGGAAUUAUUUUUGGUGAAUGCUCCAUCAGAUCCUUCUUAUCAACAAGAUCAGAUUGUUUUACAGGAAUCUUUCUUGCAGAAACUUCCACUGUUUGUAUCCAAAAUGGAUUUCCCAUAUAUAAAGAAUACUUUGGUGCCAACGAUUGCUCAAGUAUUCAAAUUUACAACUGUUCUUUCAACUAAACUUGCAACUAUCACUUCUUUUGAGAUGCUUGUUAACGAAAGAAUCAUUGAUAAGCCGAUUGUAAUCGAACAAAUAAUUCCUAUUAUGGCUAAUUUAAAAAGCAGAGACAAACGAGUGGUAUUAAAUGUCUUGUCUUUCUAUAUGAAAUUGAUUGAAAGUGAACAUAUUUCUCUUGAUUUGGAUAAACUGGUCGAAUCCAUAUUACCUCAUUGCUAUAAUUUAGCAUUCGGGUGUAAUGAUUGUACAAGAUCAGAAUUUGAGGCAUUCAUGGGUUCAAUCAGCAAGAUCCAAAAUACAUUAGUAGAACGGAAGUUGACAACGUUGCCCACUGAUUCUAGUGCUGCUGGAGGUAACUCUAUCAACCAAUUAAUUAGCCAACAGAAGAUAUCUGCUGGCAAUAAAGAGCUGAGCAUCAAAGGACCACUGUCAAAGAGUAUUAUGCAACCGAGGAAGAUCUCUAGAGAACUUAAUGAACUGGCCAGACCGCAGCGUUCACCUAUUGCUUCCAAUAACAGGGCUCCUGUGGAACCAAUAGUACUACAACCCAAAAGAAACAACAACAGGGGGACCAACAAUAAGGCUCAACCAUUGACGUUUGGUGCGAUUAGUCAAGCUUCCAACACCUCAAAUUCAAGAGUUGUUAAUCAAAUCAAUACUCCUGUGUUACAACCAAGCUCUAAACUGCCGGUAACCGGCGAUGACGAAGACUUUGAAGACUUCCAACAGGCUUCAGGUAUCAAUUGGGAUGCCGCAAAGGUCAAUAACACCAUCAAUUCCAGUAUUCCUGUUAUGAAGCCUAUGUCACCAACACCAGCAUCAACUCCAACAACGAACUACCCACCUGGGUUCAACAGUGUGCUAACUCCAAUGUCGGUUUCAUCUACACCAAAGCCUUCUAUCACUAAAUCUAAUGGUGUGUCAGCAUCGGAGUUAUUGGAUUUGAUAUGA